UCCACUUGCCUCGCCAGUUGACUCAGACAGCCCUUUAUUCACUUCUCCAAGAUGGGCUCCGUCUCUCUGAAGAUCGGCGACGGCACCGCCAGAUUCCGACGCGCCACCCUCUGCUCCUCCGCCGUCAACAUUCUCAUGCUCUUCUCCGUCCUCACCACCAACCUCUUCGCCCUCUACGCCUUCACCUCCUCCUCCCCAAAAGACCAACAACACCAACACCUCCUCCACCACAACACCCAGAAGAACAUGUCCCUCAUCUCCGAGCAGGUCUCCCUCAUCCUCCGCGAGAUCGACUCCUCCCAGAAGAAGCUCGCCCAGAUGGAGAAGGACCUGCUCGGCUACGGUAGCGUCGAUCUUUCCCGCCCCAACACAGCUACCGAGCUCAAAACUUUCCUCCAGCAUCACGCCCUCCCUCUCGGCAAAGACUCGAGAACCGGGAUCACGGAAAUGGUGGCUUCCGUGGGCCAUUUAUGCGACAAAUCCGCCGAGUUGUUGUCCCAGUUUAUGAACUACAAGGCCUCUGGGCCAUGCCCCGACGACUGGAGCCUGGCCCAGAGGCUGAUCCUCCGCGGUUGUGAGCCUCUGCCGCGGAGGAGGUGCUUUGCCAAGACAGUGCCCAAGGUUGGUUUGACUAGUUUGCCCCUUUCGCUUUGGAAGAAUGUUAGUGCUAAGAGCGUUACUUGGAGUGGUCUAGGGUGUAAGAAUUUCGAGUGCUUGAAUAGUAAGAAAUCGAGUAGGGAAUGCGUUGGUUGCUUUGAUUUGGGUAAUGUGGCUGAGAAGCAGAGGUUUGUUAAGGCUAGGAGCAAGAAUGAUUUUGUUAUUGAUGAUGUGUUGGCUUUGGGAGGUGGAGGGAUGAGAGUGGGGUUUGAUAUUGGAGGUGGUUCUGGUACAUUUGCAGCUAGAAUGGCCGAGAGGAAUGUGACUGUGAUCACAAACACUUUGAACAUUGAUGCGCCUUAUAGCGAGUUUAUAGCUGCUAGAGGGCUGUUUCCGCUGUUUUUGAGCUUGGAUCAUAGAUUUCCUUUCUACGAUAAUGUGUUUGAUUUGGUUCAUGCUGCAAGUGGAUUGGAUGUUGGUGCAAAACAAGAGAAGUUUGAGUUCUUGAUGUUUGAUAUCGAUCGGAUAUUGCGGCCUGGAGGUUUGUUUUGGUUAGACAACUUUCAAUGUGCUGAUGAGGAAAAGAAAAGAGACUUAACUAGAUUGAUCGAGAGGUUUGGAUAUAAGAAGCUGAAAUGGGUGGUUGGAGUGGAUUCUUCUACAUCAGGGUCGAUUUACUUGUCCGCAGUUCUGCAAAAACCAGUUAGAGUAUGAUGAUGAUAGGGUCCGGAGCACAAGAAAACUGCAAUAGGUACAAACCUCGGAUGCUCUUAACAUCAAUUGCUUGUUACGCACAGAAAUACACUGGUUUUAACAUCAUCAUGAAAUUCCUUCAAAAUUGCAAUAAGAGCAUCAAUUGCUUGUUUUCCCUGCUGCAAACUGGUGGUAGAGGAUGAAUUCUAUUCUCUAAUUGAAAAGCUAUAUUAUUGCUUGUUCUGUGGACAAUGUUUUGUUAGGAAAUGAUAGAAUUAGUAUUUGAUGCAUUCUUGAAUCUAUUAACUUACUAAGGUAUUCAAGUAUUCAACA